AAAACAAGUGUUCACUAGCUAUCCUUUUGUCCAAUUAUGUUUUGCGUCAAGUGACGUUUGUUGAAAUACAGGUAAUAUGUCAGUAGUUCAAACAUGCGCAUGCGUGUAGACAAUUGUUUGGAUUUUGGCGCGUGGAUUCAAAGAGAAACAUGGAGUUGUUGAACGCACUGGAAUUGCUAAAAAUAAAAACUGUAAAUGGGGUGUGGGUGGACACAGUCUGGGAUUUUGAGUUCUACGAGGCGGAGCCAUUAGACCCUGUCAUUGAAGAAGAGAUCAUUGGAAAUGGCUUGGAUGCGUUCAAAGCAGUUUACAAAGGCCUGCUGCCUUUUGCGACAGAUGCCGCAGGUAGCACUGAUAAUGUCUGGACCACAUUCGCAGAAAACGGAGUUUCUGUCAACGCAGUCGUAGCAGUGCUCUCUCAUUUCUUCCUUGGCGUGAAAGCCAGAACAGCCAGCCUCUCUCGGAGGCUGAACGCUUUGCGUGCAGGAUCUGUCUACUUGCUGCUCCUGGGAAUACCAGGCAACAUAGCCAACAAAGUGUUUCACCCAGUUCUGUUUGACGCAUGCCUGGACUUGGUGAAGACAUGCUGGCCCCAGGAUACAGGCAAGAAGCGCAAGAAGGACACAUUCAGGAGCUCCCAGUCAGACCCCAAGAGCAAAAAAAGAGGGAAACCCAACAGGAAGGACAAUGAAGCGAUGGAGGUGGAUGAGUUUGACGAUGAGGACCUGGAGGAGGAGGAGAUGUUUUUUUCUGCAAAGGAUCUCCUGUACAUCAGGGAAGGAAUUAUCUGUCUUGUCAAAACCUUGCUUAGACUCCUGACAAAGUUACCAUUGAAGGACAAGUCCCACAGUGUUCAAAACUGUGCACAGGUUUUCACUGAUCUCACCAGAUUUGAACCAGUGAUCGGCGUACUAACAUUUGCAGAGGGAUCGGACCCUGAUGCUAUGAAGUCCCUGCCAGAGCUGGCCUAUCACGGCCUGCGGCUCCUCUGCUCUCCCAAGCACGGGGAGGGAAGCGAGUCUGUGCGGCAGGUGUUCCACCGGCUCCUGUAUGUGAUCCUGAUGAUGAGCAAUGAAGACUGCGCCAAGCCCUCCCUCUUGGCAGCCACGCAGGCCAAUCAGGCCUCCAGAGAGCAGGCCAUCCAGUUUGUGAGUCACAUAGUUGAUGAGCUGAAGGAAACCGCGCUGCCGAUUCUCCGAAUCCUUCUCCAGCACAUUUGCGUCCAGAUGGUGGACAAGGCGGAGUAUCGCACCAGCGGGGCGCAGACUGUGGUGAAACUGUUGGCCAAGAUGCCCUGUGCCGAGUACGCGUCCUUCAUCCAGUGGCUGUACUCGUAUUCCCUGCACUCCAAGGUGGCGUACCGCAUGUUUGCGCUGGACGUUGCCAUGGCCCUGGUGGAGCGGCCCGAGCGGGAGGCGGACGCCUCGCUGUCGGCCGAGCUGGCUUCCUUCCUCCCGCACAAGUUCCUGGUCCAGGUGAUGGUGUUCGGGCGGCGCUCGGACCGCGCCCCCACCGUGCGCAGCCACGCCCUCACCUACCUCGGCCAGUGCCUGGAGCUGCAGUCGCCCAACGCCACCGAGAGCGUCCAGGAGCUCUUCUCCUUCACUUCUGCACAGACCAUUCUGGAAGGAGGGAGAUCUGUUGGUUUGCCCACCAUCCAAGAAUCAAACAUACAAAAAACUGCCUUGAACUUUAAAACUAUUGAAAUGACCAACAAAGCAGACAUCAGCACCUUUGAUACUAAAGAGACGAUGGCUUUGCUUAUGCGGCGAGUCAGUGAUGAAAAGACCAACGUGAGGAAGUCUGCCCUGCAGGCUCUGAUGAGUCUCCUGAAGCACAGGGUGAUCCCCUGCAGCCAGGAGAACCUGUCCAUCCUGUCGGGCCGCUGCAGAGACCCCGCAGUGUCCGUGAAGAAGAAGGCCCUGCAGUGCCUCAUGGACCUCCUCACUGCCCAGCCGGAGGACAGCGUGGUCCAGAAGUCCUGGCUGAUGGGCGUGGUGCCCGCGAUCUGGGACUCGGAGAAUUCGGUGCAGGAGAAGGCUCUGGAGUGCCUGGACCUCACCAUCCUCGCCAACAUCAGGAACCACAGAGACUACAGCUCACAGGACAUCCCCCAGAAGCUGGCCUGGGACCUGCUGGGGCUGCUAUGCAGGGAGAACCAGGACCUGGGCCGUUACUUGAACAAGGCCUUUGCCGUCUGGUCCAAGCAGAAGAAGUUCUCCUCCUCCUUCGUCAACAGCCUGAUCUCCCACACGGGGGCCGAGCACGCCCCCGCGGCCUGGCUCCUGCUGUCCAAGGUGGCCGGCUCCUCUCCCCGGCUGGACUACAGCAGGAUCCUGGACGCCUGGGACGAGACGGUCAGGGACAGCAACGUCGCCGUGGCGACAUCCUGCCACAUCCUGUGUGUGAUCGGGGACAUUGCCAAGCACCUCAACGAGGACACCAAGAGCAGGAUCGUGGAGGACAUCAUGAAGUGGCUGAAGAGCUUUGACGUACCCCUGGAGGUGGUCAGCGCCUGCGUGGAUGCGCUGUACCAGCUGGGGCGGGAGGAGAAGGUGGAGGACACGCAGAGGUUCCUGAACCAGCACUGUGGAGAGCUGGUGUCCAUCUGUGAGGCCUACCUCUCCGGCAUCAUGCUGAGCCAAGAUGGAGCUCUGAACUUAAACGAAGACCUCGUGGUACGACACCUGUUCACUCUGGGGGUCGCGGCCCUGCAGUGCCCUGCUAGAGUGGGCAAACGGAUCUUCCUCCUCGUUCAGUCCAUUCUGGCUUCAAACGAGGAGCUGCAGUUGGUCGAUGGGUCGGAUGAGCUCCCUGCCACUCAGCCCCUGUCUCAGUUCAAGCCGUCCUCCAUGCCCACGCUGGUGCGAGCCCACGCCUUCAUCACUCUGGGUAAGCUCUGCCUGCAGAACGAGGACCUGGCCAAGCGCUGCAUCCCGGCCUUCGCCCGCGAGCUGGAGGUCAGCGAGGAGGUGGCCGUGCGCAACAACGUGGUGGUGGUCAUGUGCGACCUGUGCGUGCGCUACACCACCAUGGUGGACCUCUACAUCCCCAACAUCUCCGCCUGCCUGAAGGACCCGGAGCCCCUCAUCCGCGAGCAGACCCUGAUCCUGCUCACCAACCUGCUGCAGGAGGAGUUUGUCAAAUGGAAAGGAUCCCUCUUUUUCCGCUUUGUCAGUUUGCUUGUGGACCCAGAACCUCGGAUCGCCAGCCUUUGUGAAUUCUGCUUGGUUCACCUGCUCCUGAAGAGGAACCCCAUAAUGUUCUCCCAGCACUUCAUCGAGUGCAUUUUCCACUUCAACUGCUACGAGAAGCAUGAGAAGUACAACAAGUUUCCCCAAACAGACAGCGAGAAGGCCAAGUUCUCCCUGAGGGGUUCCGAAAACAAAGAGAGGCGAAUGAGGAUCUACAGGUUUCUGCUGAAGCACUUCACAGACGAGCAGCGCUUCAGCAUCACCACUAAAAUCAGCCAGAGCGUCCUGGCGUGCUUUGUGGAGGACGUCCUGCCCCUGGACUCUGAGGGCUGCGAGCUGCUGUCGGACACCUUCGAGGUGCUGAGCCUGAGGGAGAUAAAGCUGUCGGCCAUGCACGGCUCCGCCGAGCGCGACGAGCUGGAGGAGGGAGACGAGAUGGCCAUGGCCAACGCCGUCAUACAGGUGGCCCAGAAGAAGCUCAUCUCGCAGGUCCAGAAGAAGAAUUUUAUUGAGAACGUGAUUCCCAUCAUCAUUUGCCUGAAGGCCAGGCUGGAGAAAAAGCAUUUUCCUGUGCUGAAAGACCUGAUGGGAUAUCUGCAGGUGAUGAUGCAGAGCUACCGCAGCGAGGUGAAGGACUUCUUCGCGGCGGACGAGCAGCUGGCCGCCGAGCUGGAGUACGACCUGCAGCGCUUCGAGAAGGAGCAGGAGAUGGAGCAGCAGCUGGCCGCCUGCUCCGUGACGGACAGCACCUCCGCCAGCUCGCCCGCCGUCAUCACCACCCCGAGGGCUGCCACGAACUCCGCUCGCGCAUCACCAGUGCCCACGGCAGGCCAGAGUGAACGCUCCGCCCAGGCCACGCCCCUGCCGCCUGGCUCCGCCCCCCGCUUCAUCACCCCUAGGCCCACAAGCGCGGUCAAGCAACGGCCAAUGAGCACCUCGGAGGUUCUGACUAGGGCCCGCAAAGCCGUGGAGAGAAGCGGGCUGCGCGGGAACCGCAGGGCGUCGGCCAGCAGCGAGAACGCCACGCCCCUCAACCCAUCAGCUGUCCCCAAGCACCUGCUUCGUCUGGGCUCCACUGGGGUAGGGUCAGCCCUUGAAAAUCGGGCCAUCAGCACCCCACAGCGGAGCAUGAAUGAGCUGACGUUUGGAGAGGGAGUCAGCGCCAUUUUCAGCACCUGCAGAACAGAACCAAAGAAUGCUGGGAAGGAAGAUGACAACGUCCUCUACAUGAUUUCACCAGAUAAGCCCACUCCCCCACCCAGACAGUGGAACGUGGAAUCUCCUCUCUGUCGAAGAGGAUCAAGAAGGCAAAGACUGUAGUUUAAAAAUAAAACGACUUUAAAAAUGCCUGUGUUCUUUCUGUGCUUUCCCAAAAGUCUGUCCUGUCUCUUCUCUGCCUGUCCUUUGUUUGUAUACCACCUUCAGUCAUUUCCUCUGCACUUUGUAUCACGUUUCUAAAUAUUGCAUGCCAUUGUUAACGCUUGUGUAAAUAAAAUAAAAAAUGACAAUGUA